AUGUCAGAUAAAGCAAGCAAACGUACAAGAGAAGAUCCUGAAACGAUCUCAGCAGAAGAACAAGAUGACGAUGAUCUUGACAUUGGACCAUCUUUACCAACAGCAGAUGACUUGCCGAAAAAGAAAAAAAGGGUUUUAGUUCAUGAGAAAUUAUAUUUGGAUCAUUUACCAUCGGCUGAUAUGUACGAACGAAGUUAUAUGCAUCGUGAUGUUUUAAAUUAUAUAGCUGUUACAAAGUAA